CAGCCCCGGAUCAUCCCAGCCCCUCCACCAUUUGCACCAGCCUACAAAAAUGGCCCCGUCCACGUCUCCCAAACUCCUCUCCGCUCUGCUCGUGGCGCUGCUCUCCGCCGCGGCGGACUCCCAGUACGAGAAGUACAGCUUCAGGAGUUUCCCCCGGCAAGAGCUGAUGCCGCUGGAGUCCGCCUACAAGCACGCGCUGGACCAGUACACCGGGGAGAAGUGGAAGGAGACGGUGGAGUACAUGGAGGUGUCCCUGCGCCUCUACCGGCUGCUGCGGGACAGCGAGGCCUUCUGCAACCUCAACUGCAGCUCGGUGCGGCUGGAGGACGAGCAGAGGUUCGAGGAGUUCCCGGAGCUGCGCGCCUUCGGGAACGUGAUGAAGCGCGCGCAGUGCCUGAAGCGCUGCAAGCAGGGGCUGCCCGCCUUCCGGCAGACCAUGCCCAGCCGGGACACCAUCGACGAGUUCGAGAGGAGGGAGCCGUACAGAUACCUGCAGUACGCAUACUUCAAGUCGAACAACCUGGCCAAGGCCGUGUCUGCUGCUCACACCUUCCUGCUGAAGCAUCCGGAAGACGACAUGAUGCAGAAAAACAUGGCCUACUACAAAAGUCUGCCUGGAGCGGAAGAACACUUAAAAGACCUGGAAACCAAAUCCUAUGAGAUGCUGUUUGUGCGAGCAGUGAGGGCCUACAAUGGGGAUAACUUCCGUACCUCUGUAUCAGACAUGGAGCUGGCAUUGAGGGACUUCUUCAAGGUCUACGAUGAGUGCCUGGCCGCAUCCGAGGGUCCGCGGGACGUCAAAGACUUCAAAGAUUUCUACCCGUCCAUCGCUGAUCACUACAUCGAGGUGCUGGAGAGGAAGGUGAAGUGUGAAAGCGAUCUCACGCCUGUCGUCGGAGGAUUUGUGGUGGAGAAGUUUGUGGCCACCAUGUACCACUACCUGCAGUUUGCAUAUUACAAAUUGAACGACCUGAAGAACGCGGUGCCCUGUGCCGUCAGCUACAUGCUCUUUGACCCCAGUGAUGAAGUCAUGAAGAACAAUGUGGCCUAUUACAAGUACCACAAAGACCAGUGGGGGCUGACGGAAGAGGACUUCCUCCCCAGAUCGGAGGCAGUGCGGUACUACAACCAGACGACCAUGCAGAUGGAGAUGAUGGACUUCUCCAGGCAGCGUCUGGUGAGCGACGACGAGGGGGAGGUGGUGGAGUUUAUAGACGAGUUCCUGGACGAGGAUGAAUAACCCAGGUUGAAAACUCUGCCGAAACACUGAAAAACACACACACUUGCAGCAAAACACUCCCAAACUUAGUAUUUAUUGGGUUUUUCUGAGAGUCUCUGAUUGAUCACUGUGUCUUUAAUAGCAGCUCAACAGCCCGAAUUCUACUUUUUGAAAUGGUGCACCAAGUGUCUAGGGAUAAACUUCACAGCACAGCGAGGAAAAUAAUUGAAAGACAAUGAUACAGAGGACAGAAAUAUUUGUACGUACUGUUUUAUGAAUUCAUUUUCUCACUGUGAAUCAUCUACGUUUUCUUUCAGAAUUUUCUUUUUUGACAAUAAAAUACAUUUAUAAA